UGUCAAGAGUUUAGUAUUCUCUCAAACGUGGUUUGCAAUUGAUAAAGUUAUAUAGCGAGUUAACUUUGCAGCUGUAUUUUACAACUUUAGGGCAGCGCUACAGUAGUAAUUAGCGAGCGAGGUAACUAGCUUCGGCUAGGCAAGCUAUAAUGAGCACGUCAAAGUUAAUGCGAGCCAUCAGAGUGUCCGAGUUUGGAGGACCCUCUGUUUUAAAAUUGCACGAGAAUAUUCCAGUUCCAACCCCAGGUCAGAAACAGGUAUUAAUUAGAGUACAAGCCUGCGGUGUAAAUCCAGUUGAAACGUAUAUCCGCUCUGGAACAUACAGUCGGAAACCGAACCUGCCAUACACCCCUGGAUCGGAUGUGUCUGGGGUUGUGGAAGCUGUUGGAGACGGCGUGAGCUCUUUCCAGUCAGGUGACCGGGUGUUUACUACUGGCACAGUGACUGGGGGCUAUGCUGAAUACACCGUAGCGUCCGAAGACUCUGUCUACCAGCUGUCUGAUUCCUUAGAUUAUCAACAAGGAGCUGCCAUUGGUAUUCCAUACUUCACUGCAUACCGUGCUCUCUUCCAAAAAGCCCACAGCAAAGCAGGAGAGACUGUUCUUGUUCAUGGAGCCAGUGGAGGGGUGGGAGUUGCAGCAUGUCAGAUUGCCAGGGCCUUUGAGAUGAAGGUACUGGGAACAGCAGGAACUCCAGAGGGAGAAGCACUGGCAAAGAAGAAUGGAGCUCACCAGGUCUUCAACCACAGAGAGAAGGACUACAUCAAGAAAAUCAUGGAGGCUACCAAUGGACAGGGACUGAAUGUGAUUGUUGAGAUGCUGGCCAAUGUGAAUCUCAGUAAGGACCUACAGAUGCUUACACAAGGAGGCAGAGUGACGAUAGUGGGCAGUCGCGGUCCGAUCCAAAUAGACCCACGAGACACCAUGAGGAACGAGAGCAGCAUUAUUGGUGUGGCCCUCUUCAGUCAAACAAAGGAAGAGAGGGCGGAGAAUGCGGCUGCUCUCCUCGCUGGAAUUGAGUCCGGUUGGCUGAGGCCUGUUGUUGGUCCUCAGUACACCCUCGACAAGGCCUCCCAGGCUCAUGAAGACCUCAUCAAGAGUUCUGGGGCCACGGGGAAGAUGGUGCUGACCAUGUGAUCACAGCUCCUGGCAGUUUCAGAAAUUGAAGUGUUAAAUCCCUGUGUUGUGAUUUAAGGAAGAUUAUUGCCAUUCCGUUUAGUCUGAUAAACACUGUCGGAAUGGGGAUCUUGUUACUGUUGCAUGCUGUUGGAAUUUGUAGAGGGUUGUCAGUGGUCACUAUAUCACUAGCUUCUAACAACAUUUAUUAUAUAUUUUCUAAAUGACAGAUGAUGUAUAAAUGGUGAUUAAUAAGUUGUAACAAUGUAUUUAAGAUGUCAAGAUAAUAUAACAUGUAAAGAUAAUAUAUUGAUAUAUUGACACUGAUUAAUACUUGAAUAAAGUCUUCAAUUGUUA